GGAUAAAAUUCAUCGGUGUUUUCGCAAACCUGGAGACAAGAGCCAACCAAGUUUAUGAUAUGAUUAAAGAAAAUUAUUUGUGCUUAGCUGGAGCUGUAGCCAACCAGUCCAGACCGUUCAAGCCGGUGGUAGCCUGGCUCGCUUUCUACAAUGACAUUUGGUCCUUCACCCAGGAUAAGUCCAAGUUGAAGUACGUGGAAGAUGCAGGUGGGGAGAACAUAGAUACCUCUAUCAACAGAAUCACUUACAAUACCUCCAAUCCAGAUGACUUGGAGGCACUUCAUGCUAUCCUUUGUACGGUGGACGUGGUGAUUGAUGAAACCGCAACUCUUGAUCCCGCGACAUACACGGUGUCAAGCUUCCUUGACAACGUGGGUGUCGAAGACCACUCUUGCUUUGCUUUCCUCACCAACCAAACCUUGUGGAGAUACGAUAAACGAGCCUACAAUUCAACUCUUGACUGGUACGACGGAGCAGUGUCGCAGCCUCAAUUGGUUUUAGCAGAUCUUAUUCAAGCAUUUUCCUCGCCCGGGAAUGCUUCCACCACCUUCCUAAGGAACAUCGCUAAGGGUGAAGGAGUUUUAAGCAUAGACGGCAGCAUGUGUGGCAGCCAAGAUUUUUCAACUCCCAUGGAUCCAACCAUCCUGCCCUGCCCAUAACUAGCUCAAUACUAAUUGUUUUGAUGGAAUUCUUUUCAGGACUUUUAUUUAUUUAUUUAUGGAUGUGCCACAUCUUUU